GAACGUGUACUCUUCUCGGCCACCUUAGCUCAGCCGUCGCGGCGACCAUGGGAAAAGUCCAGAAGGGUGACACAUUGAGCCACGGGCUGAUUCGGCAAUCACCGCUCCUACCCUCUGGCCGCGAUUCGAGGUCCUGCAUAUGUUGCAAUCGGCGCAAGGUCCGCUGCGAUAGGUCAUCACCGUGCAGUAACUGCUUGAAAGCUGGCUGGAAAUGCGAGUAUCCUCGAAGCGACAGGAAUGGGUCUUCUAAAGAGCCAAUCCUGCAAGCGAUUCUGGACCGCCUGGAACGUGUCGAGGCUAUGCUGGGACACCUGCGCGAUGGCCACCAAACACAGACUGAUUCACCCAGUGAAAUACACGACAAGGACCAAGACGUACUGUCGAUGCCUCGAGAGCAGUCAUCCAGGCAUUGGGAACUUUUGUUGAAUGAUGGACAAAGAGUUCAAUAUGUGAACAACUCAAAUAUUGUGGACUUACUGCAAGACGAGAGCCUGAAGUUGCCAGAGCCUCUGACAGUUCGGCCCACUGCGAGCUCGCCGCCUAAGCCUCCAACAUCAAUGAAGGUGCACCCUGGCCUGACCGGCUCCUCAUCACCAAGCCUUGCGGACAUUUACACACUCUAUCCCGAAUCACGGUUGGCCUUACAGUUAUGGUCAAUUUAUGUAAAGAACGUGGACCCUGUACUCAAGAUCUUGCAUCUCCCUACGAUUCAGUCAGCCGUGGUCUCGACCAUCGUUGACCCAAGAUCGGCUGGCGUAUCAAUGCUGGCGCUCACCUUCGCAAUUUACUUUGCAGCAGUUACAAGCCUUGGUGGCUCGCAUCCAGCAGAGCUGGCGCAGGAAGAUCUUGUCCUGCUACUCCAACGUUACAAGGCCGCCUUGAACCAGAUUCUGCUUGGAGCUGACAUCUUGCACAAACCGGAGUUGAUUUCUUUGCAAGCGCUCGCCAUCUUCGUCACAUGUCUACGAGUACACGAGACCGGCCGUGGCAUAUGGGUACUCAACGGAAUUGCGAUCAGGCUGGCGCAAUCAAUCGGACUACACAGGGAUGGAUUAUCCCUGAAAUUGAGUCCGUUCGAGACCGAGCUUCGGCUUCGGUUGUGGUGGCACCUAUGCUUGCUCGAUUCACGAGCGCCGGAAGACCAUGGGUUCGAGUUGACAGUCGACAUUCUCAACCGGGAUCAUCAAAGGCUUCCACUUAACGUGGACGACAGCCAAUUGUGUGCAGAUAUGAAGGAGUUGCCUGUCGAAUCCCAAAGCUGGACAGAAAUGUCUUUCUUCCUGGUGCAGAUUGAGGCCGCCAGACUUCUGCAUCCCAUCCUCGGAACUCGAGAGAACGCUGCCGCAGAUGUGCUGGAAGAUGUCGCUGCCAAGCGGAAAAUGAUUGAGGAUCACAGUAAGUGGUUGCACAAAACAUACUUUUCCAGUUCCAGCCCGUCGCAUCGGCUUUCUUCGGUCGCAUAUCAACACUACUUGAAUGCAUGCAAAAAAAUAGAGUUUAUGCUUCAGCUUCGAGAAGAAAUUCAUCACCAGAAACAAAAACCGAGGUCAGAUCCUGUUGUCCAUGCACUUGCUCCAGCAUCUUUCGGAUCUGCUUGUGAUGCAUUGGCGGGCAGUUGGACACUCCUGAGCGGAGAGGUCUCUAGACAGUUCUCAUGGCUCUUCAAGACGUACACUCAAUGGUACGCCCUAGCAUAUGUCUUACGCUGUCUUUGCACCACUCCUGCUUCUCCACAUUCAGACCGAGCAUGGGCCCUGGUCGACGAUAUUUUCAGCAGCAUAGGUCAGUUGAAUGAGCCUUCUGGGGAGGUGACUGUGGGUAGCAGCAGUGACGGCAUCUGGGCCUCCCUCCUCCAGCUUCGUGAUAAAGCGAUGUCUUUGAGGAUACUAUCAAAACCACCUCCAACUCGGCCGAGGAGCGCCGACCGGCCAGAGGAUGUCAUUGCUUUUAAAUUUUCACAACCCGCUGAUUGCCUCUCUGGCUCGACAAAUCCUCCUUGCCUCAACCCUCUACAACAACAGCUGGAGAGCCUUCCAGAUUGGCAGCAAGGCAACCCGUUCUCAAAUAUUUCCAUGACGGACUUUCCAUGGGUGCCCGGAUGGCAUGCUGUCAUCACCGGAAGCCUGGAUGAUUAUAGCUGGGACGAUCUGAUGUAACUUAGAGCAUGACUUUGGUGUUCGCUACCGUGGCGUAUUGGCGACU